UUUUAGAUAAUUCCCACGGCACAAAUGUAUUAUGUUAAGCAUGAGGUGGGUCCAGCCUUACUUAUAUCAGACAGUAGCUCUCACACAACAUCCUUUUGUUGGUGUUGAGUUACAUUGCACCCUUACAAUCGCAGUCUUGCCAUGUUAUAUACUAUAAUGUCAAACCUGUGGAGCAGUGAAAAUGAAAUCAUAUUGUGAUGAGUGUCACAACAUGGAUAUUACUGUUCCAUUGUGUGAUCCAAUUAUCGAGCAUUGCUUUGUCUGCCUAAUAGCAGUAUGUUUCUUUUUUGUACCAAUCCCCAAAUCUCCCAGAACUUGUUGGUGUUGUUGUUGAAUUACAACUGUAGUAUUUGACAUUAAUUGUGACCUAUUUCUCAUCAUUGAACUCUUGGCUGCAUUGUUGGAAAAAGGGCUGCAAGCAGUCGGAAGUUCGACAUCACUGAAGACCCUGUGUUUCAGAAGAACAGCCAUGACAACACACAUUCUGCAUUUCAACAGAGGAGCAGUUUUAGUCUUUAUGAGUGUGUCUUCUCCUUGCUUUCAUCAAUGAUGGAUGUGGAACUCAAAGUAUUCUCAGACGCAGGUGCAAGUCACUAUCUUUGUUGUUUCAAAGUGGCCCUUUUUGUCAUCUGACUUCUCAAGUGGAAUAUUUAUAAGCAUGUAGUCAUUGUUGGUUCCUUUUAAGAACAUGGCUUUUGGAACUGAAAGAUGGCUUCCCUUUACAUCAUUGGCCCCUGCUUUAAUUUUUUCAAGUUUAAAAGCAAGGAAUGCAAGAGAGACCAAACAGAAUGUGCCAGGUUUUCAGUUUUUUGUCAUCGUGGAUGCUUCCAUCUCUGAACCACCUGAUUUUUGAUCAAUUUGUCUCCACCUUUAUGGAUAUCGGAAAGAGGCUGCUAAAUUGGGGUGCACCAGUUGAAGAAAAAUGAGGCUUAACAGAUGCGUAUAAGAAAAUAAAAAGGCCUGUAACUUCUGAAAAAGAAAAACCUCUCGGAUCUGCAGUAGGAACCGUCUGCCGCAGGUGUUUUGGCAUGGCAGAGCAUAGUGAGCUGCUGGCCGAGAUGUCCACCAUUGGACGUCUAAGUGCCACUGAACGCUUGAAACAUGCCCAGAAGCGUCGCGCCCAGCAACUUAAAACAUGGGCCCAGAUGGAAAAGGAUGCAGCUCGAGGUUCGAAGGCCAAAGCAGAGAAGAAGAAGGUGCGGGCAACGAAAGUAAAAUUUCCCGACUCUGUCACACUGCUGGAUGCAGCUGCUCGCAACGACGUGGAGGAGAUGAGACAGCUACUAAACAGUGGAGUCAGCCCAGAUUUGGUCAACGAGGAUGGACUGACAGCUCUGCAUCAGUGCUGCAUAGAUGAUUACGUGGAGGUCGUGCAGUGCCUGCUGGACGCUGGGGCUUCAGUCAACGCGUCAGACAGUGAGCAGUGGACGCCGCUGCACGCUGCUGCCACCUGCGGCCACACCGGGCUAGUGCAGCUACUGAUUCAAGCUGGUGCGAACCUGCUGGCUGUCAAUGCUGAUGGCAACAUGCCCUAUGAUCUCUGUGAGGAUGAGGCCACUCUGGAACUGCUGGAGAUGGUCAUGGCAGAACAGGGAAUAACUCAGGAUCGUAUAGAUGAGUGCAGAGGAGCUAAAGAGGAAGUCAUGCUGGCUGAUGUCCAAACCCUGAUCCAGAGUGGAGCUGACCUGAACGCUCAGGAUGAGAACGGAGCAACUCUGCUUCAUAUAGCAUCAGCUAACGGCUACGUGUCCGUGGGAGAGCUUCUGCUGGAGCACAAGGCUCAGGUGGAGGUGAAGGAUUCGGAUGGCUGGACGCCGCUUCACGCUGCCGCCUGCUGGGGACAUAUCCAGAUGGUGGAGCUGCUAGUGGCUCAUGAAGCUAGUCUGAAUGCUAAGUCUGUCCUGGAUGAAACACCACUGGAUGUUUGUAUUGACGAAGAGGUCCGGUCCAAACUGAUGGAUCUGAAGCACAAGCACGACGCCAUCAUGAAAGGUCAGGACCGGCAGAAGGGGACGCUCCAGCGGCGGGCGUCCAGCACCGGCAGCAGAGGCAAAGUGGUCCGUCGUGUCAGCGUCAAUGAGCGCUCCAGUUUGUACAAGCGCGAGCAUCAUAAAGAGGCCAUCGUGUGGCAGGAGCGAGGCCGGCAGCCAGAGCCUCCUGACGACGAUGAGGAUCGACAGACGGACAAUGAGCUGCAUCAUCAGGUCAACAUGGCGACUGGCAGCGGAGCGUCACAUCCUGAGGAACAUGACUCCAUUGACCGUAAAUUCACGUCCAGUCUUGGGAACGGAGAGACCUCUGCCUUUCUUGCGUCUCCUGUUCCUGGAGAACUGGGUCUCAGUGGUGGGGGUCUCACUGAGCGCAGCGCCUCCUACCAUCUCAGCCCCUCGUCCGGACCAAGCCCUCAGCCUGUCUCUGGGGCGGGCGAUGGUCCAGACAGUAUGACACUGGAGAAGUCGCACCAAACACUGGCCGAUCUGAAGCGACAACGGGCGGCAGCUAAGCUGAAUAAGUACCCAGCACCUGCCCCGCCUCUACAUCCCCCGCUGGAGGAGGAGGGUCAGGGCGUGGACGCCGACACUACUACCCCAGUGCAGCCAGGCAUCCCAGGCCACGCCACGACUGAACAGGUGAACUCUCAAAGUCAGGUCUUCUUUACUCCGACCAGUGGAGAUCCUCCACUGUUGAAGCUGCGAGCCCCUGAGGAGGACCCGCCCCCCGCCAAGGAGCCCUGCUGUGGUCUCAUGUAGACUUGGACCGACUCGUCUCUCUUCAACUCCAGCACAUUUCACUGCAAUUGUGUUGUAUGGAAACACAAUUUUUGUCCAAGUUCGUUUCUGAAAGCUCAUUUCUAAUGCCUCCAGUGGUCACCAGCAUGCUGCUACUGCCAAGUGCAUGUGAACACAGGUCCAGGUUAGCUACGAAAAUAUGCCGAUUCUGCUCUUUGACGUGGGCUAGCUAAAGUACUAAAGUACUACCACACUCAAAUGGGUAGUUCUGUGAGUGGCGACCCUUGUGACAGCGUCGCACAGAGCAAAGCUGUAUCGCCGUGGCAACUGAUAGAGAUGUAUUAUGUCAGUGUUUAUUUUUCUUCACGUCUUUGUCCUCUCAAACAUUUCUUGGAUUAUCUCUGUCGUCAUAAGCAUAGCAGCAUAACACUGAAGGCAAAUGUCAAGAAGAUUUGAAUGAUACACGUCAACAUUUGAUUUACAUUCUUAGGCAAUUACAGAGACAGCAUGUAUUGUCUUCAGUGGUUUCACACAAAGACAAGUGCUGAGGGCAUCGCUGGACAGAUGUUUACACACAUGACAGAAUGGGAAAGCCUGCUGUGUGUUUCUCCACUGGGCCAUGGUUAAUGUGCGGCCUUUUUUGGGCAGAUGAAUUAGUUUUCGUGCAUUGAUGUAAACAUAUUACACCAGUCAUUUGUAAACACAUACAUUCUUACUAUGAUUAUCUUCUACCUUGUAAAUCAGCAUACAGUUUUUCACUCAAUACUGGGCAUUUUUUAAGAAAAGCUGUUUACAUUUCAAGGUAGAUAUCAAUUAUAUUUUGAUGUAUAUGAGAUUAUUUAUCGUUGAAUGUAAAUUAUUGUGAAGAUUCUGCACAGUUGCACAAGGUCCCACGUUGUUCAAACAUCUUAUCUGAUUUAAUGAUUGUUUCUAAGAAGAAGAAAAAAGACCCUUACAACAUUUUGUAAUUUAUCGGAACAGAAGUGAUAAGUUUAAUAUUUUAUUUAUAAUUGGUUGUGUAUUUUUUCCUCCUUUUUUGCAGGUGACGAAUGAGUCUAGUAAAAGGAAAACAAAUACGUGAGGUUUUGUGUGUGAUUGACACCUUAGGACGCGUUGGAAGAUUUUUUAAAUAAGUCCGGAGGGUGGCGCUUCGGCGUGCCCGUGAAAGGCUUUGUCUGCCACCUAGCGGUGACAAUUUUUAUGACAUCUCAACAGAAGUUGAUAAGCAAACGCGUAUAACUGUUGUGUCGCAGCAUAAUUGUCAGUAUUUAUACGCUCUUGCGUGUCUGAUGAGGAUGGGACAGAUGUUUAACCUUGCACCCGAGGGAGAAAAAAUAAUUUAUAAUCAUAAAUCCAGAGAAAUGAAUAAUGCAGGAAGAGGACAAACUGAAGGUCACAAGUUAGAUUUAACUCUCAAGUAAAUAUUUAUCUAAUAACCAUUCCUUUGAGAGGUAUUGACUCUAUAAUCCAUAUUCUGGUGGUGUUAGUGAGUAAACGAUAACCUUAUUAUCUUAUGAAGUGUAAACUUAUGUGUGUCAUUCCAGCCAUGGCUCACUGGAACAGAUUGUUUCGUUUCAGUCACUCAACGCAUUCCCUGAGUGACUCCUGGAAGUCACAUGGACCGUUUUAGUUUUGGAUAUCAUAUGUCACUCCAGCACAUGCUACCUAACCAUUACAGAAGACAAACUCCAGAGACGGUGUGUGUGAGACGUACAAGCUCUAGCCAGCUUUCCGUCAACUCAUAAAGUGGUAAUCAUGUUGGCAGUCGCACUUUAGGACAUCAAGCCGAAUGGGCUUUAAUUCGGAAUUGUCUUAAAGAAAUCUGCAAGUGCUGA